AUGAAAGCAAAUUUAAUCGCGGCUGCCCUGGCGAACGCUGCCAUUGUACUUGGCGGAGUUUACAAAGGCUACAUCUGUGUGAUGUCUAAUGGCGCACAGAAUCCUUCAGACAACAUGUGCUGGCAAGCUUAUGGAACACCUCUGCCCGGUUCACCCGGGGUGGUACGUCCUUGCCCGCUGUUCACCCACAAAUGCAAACAGAUAACGCUAACGCGAUGCAGUGCUGUAUUUCGAACUCAAUCACCAAACAGAGUUUUGAUGAUGGCUGUGUCAAUAACGGUGGCAAGACUGGGAUUCUUAAGGAUUGUUGAGGUUUCUCCAUGUAGCUAA